CGGGGUGGAGCGGCUCAUACCAAUCCUACUCUUAAUGAUAUCUAACACAGCAGAAACUAAACCCACACUUAACACUCGCUCAUAUCUACAGUUUAAUAUUUAUGUUAUAUCGUUAUCUAUGAAAAUAUUUAGUUAAUGGAUUUAAUAAUGUUCUGUUCUUGUUGUUGUUUUGUUGUGUUUUGUCCCCCCCUGGUGUUGAGAGGUGGUAUAGUCCUCUGAAGCCCUUUUGCUUUAGCAGAAGGCGAGCGGACUGGAGCAGGGCUGGAGCUUUAGCUAUAAUUAUUAAUUCAUCACGUUGUUUUACAUUGUCUUCACGGAAUCAACACAUAUUUAAGGACGACGCCAUCACCAUUAAGUAAACCCGCCCGGACCCUAACCUGCGAUCGGCCAUUCUCCUCUCGACUGUUCAAUGCCUAACACUGCAGAAAAUGAAGGUGGUAACGUAACCGGUGCCAGUGAUCUGGCAGCCCCGGCUAGGGCCCAAGCCAGAGAAGAUGAGCGCAGCUUCCUGAGUCCGUUUACUCGGGACUCGCUGCGAGCCAGAAGGGCCUCCAGCGCCGAGCUGCAGCUUCCCUGGACCUGCCCGGUCACCCACUCCAGGGAGAAGUUCUACACCGUCUGCUCUGACUACGCUCUGCUGAACCAGGCCCGGCCCGUCAUCACGCCCAGAGAUGCUCCCCAGACCAGCGCCGAUAACCGGACCCCAGUACCUCAGCUGAACACCCCCUGCCCGAUCGCCCAGUGCCAGACCGGGGGAGUCAACACGCAUCUAGCGAAUGACAGUGAUAUGGAGGACGUUUUGUCCAGCAAUACCAAACCCGUGUUAGCCUGGGAGAUUGACACCACUGACUUUGAUGCGGUUCUGACCCGAAAAACUAGAACAAGUAAUCAGAAGAAAUUUCCUUCUAAGAAAAUGAAGUCAUCUGAUCGCAUGAGCAGAAACCUGCUGGACCUUCCCCCACAGGCCUCUUUGGAGGAGAUCAAGCAGAGGAAGGUUUUGGAUCUGCGGAGAUGGUACUGCAUCAGCCGCCCUCAGUAUAAAACCUCCUGUGGGAUUUCCUCUCUGGUCUCCUGCUGGAACUUCCUAUACAGCUCUGUAGGAGCCGGGAGUCUGCCACCAAUCUCCCAGGAGGAGGCUCUGCAUAUUCUUGGGUUCCAGCCUCCGUUUGAGGAUAUUAAGUUUGGACCAUUCACUGGGAACGCCACUCUGAUGCGAUGGUUCAGACAGAUUAAUGAUCAUUUCAGAGUCCGAGGAUGUUCCUAUAUUUUAUAUAAACCUCAUGGGAAGCACAAGACCGCCGGAGAGACGCCUGAGGGAGCUCUGCUGAAGCUGACCCAGGGGCUGAGGGAUGAAUCCAUGGCCUAUAUUUACCACUGUCAGAACCAUUACUUCUGCCCAGUGGGAUUCGAGGCCACACCACUGAAAGCUGCUAAAGCGUACAGGGGUCCACUUCCUCUGAAUGAAAUGGAGCACUGGAUUCUGAUAGGGGAGCCCAGCAGAAAACACCCGGCCAUCCACUGUAAAAAGUGGGCUGAUAUUGUGACAGACCUGAACACACAGAACCCGGAAUACCUGGACAUCCGCCACAUGGAACGAGGCAUUCAGAUCCGCAAAACUAAGAAGGUGGGUGGGAACCUGCACUGUCUCAUGGCAUUCCAGAGGGUGAACUGGCAGAAGCUGGGACCCUGGGCCCUAAACCUGGAGAACCUGAGGCACGACCUCCACCAGCAGGGCGCGGAGCAGAGAUGCCAGGCUGCAGCAGGAGAAGGCUUUGAUGACCGGGCGUCCAAACACUUAGGACGCCUGGGCCGGUCCCACAGCACUGGGAACCAGAAGUCCGAGCAGGUCUGGAAACGCCUGUCCAACACCGGAGAGUACCGACCCCGAGCCUCUCCCGACAGCGACCUGGAGGAGGACAUCACUGACUGAACUCCAGCUGGACAGUCUUUUGCCUUUAGGACGUCGCCACACCCAUUUACACCACUCAACACGGGUACGCUAGACUUGGAAGAGUGGGGAAAGGCUGCUGUCCCAACUGGCCAAUUAUCAAUUAUUGUGCAAUUAUCUAUUAACUAGGACUAGGAAUGGGCAAUAUGGUAAAAUGUUCACAAUACACAGGAUUAACAAUAUACUCAGAGAAUCCCAGCAGGCUUAGAUGCUGUUGCUAUGGCACGAUCAUCUCAAGGGUAAUUCAUUCCCGAGUCGAAGAGAGUACAGUAGGUCAUGCUGCUUCUUUCUGGGUGGGUACUGUGGGUGGUGCUCUCUUCCCUCAUCACUCCCACUGAGAUGUUGGUGAGUACAGGUGUCUGUUAGCUGUCUGUGCUUUCCUCUAUGUGUGCUAUGAUGCUGCAGUUGAUUGGUGGCAUCUAGAAAAGGCAUGUGUUGGUGCUGGGAGUAUUACAGUGUUGGGGGAGUCCUAGUGAGUGGGUGGGGUAAUGGUCUCAGAAAAAUCGGUGAAACAAAUAGGGGAAAAUUGAAUUUGAAAAUAAUUAAAAUGCUGUCUUAUUGCCCACCCCUUCUAUAAACCAAAACAUAGGUUGUAAUAAUUUUAUUUAUGCAUUCAUGAAACAGAUAUCAUUCCAGGUGUGUGCUUCUAUGUGGACAUUGUUUAUUAAUAUCUGGAGCACAAAACACCUUUUAAAUAUCCACAACAUCCCCAUUCUGCAUUAAGUGCGUAGAGUUCCAGUCCAGAUGUAUAACAUGUUUAAUGUGCAGAAACAUGAAUAUUUAUGAAUGAUAGUAGAAUGAUGCAAUGAUACAAAAAGUGACUUGUUAAUUGUCCCGAGAGAUCUGGUAAUCUUUCACGAUAGCUGGAUUUGGAUAACUGUGAAAUCAAACAGCGGUGAUUUUGUGUACGGUGAUUAACAAAUAUCAGGAUGUGUCUCAAUUGUGUACUAAUACUAAUACUAACUAGUGUUUGAGUAUGCAGUGUUUAAUAUAGUAUACUCAAAUAUUCACAAUACAUACUCAGAAUCAGUCAGUACUGGGCUGUGUCUGAAAUGGAUCCUUACUAGUAAUUCAUCAUUAACAUGCAUCAGCAUCGGUUACAUGAACACAAACCUGAUCUUAGUAUAGUGCAGAGCUGUUAAUGGAACAAUCUUUGACUGUUAUUUAUGUUAUUAUAAACAUAAUCAAUAAUCCAUAAACUGCUUGGCUCCAGUUGGUUCCUCUGUCUUUUGCUUAGGAACAAAGAGUGCAUUUUGGUGCACUACGUUUAGUGUGUUAAAAUGUAAAAAGGGACCCAUUUUAGUCACAGGUUUAAGUGUGGCUUGCAAUGGACAUUAUAUCCCACAAUGCAGUGCAACAAAACAGAAAGGGAGGGGCUACUUAUGUCUGAAACUAUAUUAGAAAACAAAUAUCAGUUAACAAUGCAAGUUAGUAUUUUCAUAUUAAGUCUACUGCCAAACCGUCAUUAUUAGUAUUAUAGUAUUAGUGUGUAGAGCACAUUUGAGACGCAGCCUCAGUCUGAAUUUUUUUUUAUCUGUGUUUUUUUUAUUUUUAACGAUGUGAAGCAUGAUGGCGAUGUUCUGUGCACUGUGAUGUCCAUUCAUAAUUUAAUCACACCAACCUCUGAAAUAUUUAUUAUUACAAGUGUUCAAUCAUCUACAGUCCCAUAAUCAUGUGAAACCAGUAAAAGUCUGAGAUAGUUGAUAAUUUUUCUUUACAAAUAAAUAUUUAUACAACGUCUUGUA